AUGAGCAACAUCAAGGCGAUGAGAAUAUUACAAUUUAUUCUUCCUCUGGGUACUUUUCGCCUCGUGAGUGUGUGUACCACUGCCAAGGAGAUAUGGGAUAGGCUAAAGGAACUUUAUUUAAGUGACAUUGAUAUAAAAGACUCAGUGCAAACAUUGCUUCUAUCAGAUUUUGGUGCUUUUUCCCAAAAGGCUGAUGAAAGAAUAGAUCAAACUUUCAAUCGUUUUAAUCAUCUGUUAAGCAUAAUGAUUAAAAACAAUCUCAGGCAUGAAGUUAUUGAGCAAAAAGUCACAUUCAUGAAUGGAUUGAGAUCCGAGUGGAGAGCGAUUGUGUCUACUGUGAAGGCACAUGAACAGUUCAAGAGCUACUCAUUAGCAAAGCUUGUGGGAAUUCUUAGAUCACACAAAGAUGAAGUUACGAAGGAGGUGAAAAUUGUCUUUAGUUUGGGAUCGCUGGCUUUAGUUGCAAAGGGAAAGAAGGAGUCUGAAGAUGAUUCAGAAUCUGAUCUUUCUGAUAGUGAGAUUUCCAAAGAAGACAAGGCUUUGUUUGUUUCAAACCCCAAGAAUAUUUACAAGAAAAUUUUCUCUCGUUUUCGGAAUAAAUACAUACAGGGUGGCAAUUCCAGUUUCGAAAAGGCUAUAGAUGAGGGUUUGAAGAACUCUCAAAGUGAUGAAGAGAAAAUGGAGAAAAAGGUCUUGGGUGAUUCAGGCUACGAUUGCAACUACUGUCAUGGAAAAAACCACUUUCCCAAGGAAUGCAUGCUGAGGAGGAUGAAUGAGAAGAAAGAGUCUGAAAAGGAUGACGCUUACUAUCCUCAGAAGAUAAAGGUGCUUCGGAAGAGGAGCACAUCAAAUGCCAAGUCGAUGUUGAUCGUGCAAGAGGGAAGUGAUGAAGAUGGGCGUGUUGAGAACAGAGAGGAUACACAACAGACGACAGUCAAAACUCUGGAAGCUGUUUCGCAGCAAAGACUGUUACAGAGCAGGUGGCAGAGUGCAAUAAGGUCAUCAACAAGCCAAGCGUUUGUAUUUCAACAUUACUCUACGCCGAAAUAUGACUCAUUGUGCAAUAAAUUGAGUUCGGAAAAUGCUCAUGAUAAUGAGAAUUUUUCUGAAUUUAACGAAAGCGAAAUGAGUGGGAUUUUUGUAGGGGAUGAAGUUGAUUGCUUAGAGUUUGUACAAAAUAAUAUUGAACCAAACAAAAAGUUGAUUUAUGAAAAUUUAUUUGAAUUCAUUCGUCUCGUAGAAAGUAAAGGUUCAAGUGUUUUGAAUGCAAAAGCCACAAUUUUUCCAAAAGUACAAAUUGUUCCGAAUCAAGUUUUCGUAAAAAAUGGACUGGACAAAAAUGAUACAUAA